CAAAUCUACCCUACACACCUCCUUCCGGUUCAAGGAGGGAUCAAAAGAAAAAAGCUGGUCACUUUUUACAUUUCUGCUCACCAAUCUUUCUCCCAAGAAAACCAGCAACCAAAAAAUGAAUCAAUCAACCAACCAAAACAACCAAACCGAGUGGUAUAAUAAGGAGAUGAUGAGAUAGGACAGGACAGCACUGUCCAUCCAUCCUUCCAUCUCUCUCUCUCUCUCUCAUCCCAAGGCAAGCUGCUGCUGCAUCCUCCAUUCCUAUCCGUUGCGUUGUUCUAACGUGGAAGAAGAUUGGAGCUUUGUGCUUCUGGUUUUUCUUUUUUUUUUUCCAAUUUCCCCAUCCCAAGAACAGCAAGAACAACCCACGGCACAAAGCUCGGAGAAAGAGAGAGAGAGAGAGAGAGAGAGAGAGAGAGAGAGAGAGAGAGGGGCAAAUUUUGCUCCAAUUCGACAGGAUCUUGUCAUUUGUGUGUGUUUUGUUCUCCUUUUUUGGUGAUUCUUGGUUGGGGGAGUGUUUGUGAGUGAGUUCUUGAGGUUGGUAGAUUCGCAUUUGGGGAGGCAAUUCUUUCGUUCUUGGAUCGAUCUAGAGUUACUGGUGUUGCAGAAAAAGUUGUUGCUCGCUUUCUUCUUCUUCUUCUUCUUCUUUUUUCUGGGGUCCAAAAGCUUUGAUCUGCGUCACACACCUGUGGUUCUUAUCCUCAAGGCAUCCGAGGUGACCACGGGCGACACGUGACGAGCAGUUGGCGAUGGCGAGAAAGAGCAGCGGCGAGAGGCGGAUUCGAGCAUAAAGAGGGGGAGAGGGAGAUCCCCUUGCGGGUGUUCGUCGCCGCGGUGAGGAAGGAGAUCGGAUUCCGCUUUGCUGAGUUGAGGAAAUGGGCGCCGUGGGGGUGGAGGCCGGGGUGUUCGACACGGUGGAUGGGUUGGUCGGGGAGGUGAUGCGGCUGCACCGGUCGCUGCCGGCGCGGCCGGCGGUGGAGGAGGUGGAGGCGGCGGAGGCGCUGGCGGCGGCGGCCGACCGGGAGGAGCGGGCGCGCGCCGACGCCGUGGCGCGGCUGCGCAGGUCCCCCGCCGUGCCCGACGAGCUCCUCUGCGUCGCCCAGGAGAUGCACCGCGCGCUCGCCGGGUUCCAGUGCCGCGAGCAGAAGCGCGACGCCGCGCGCCUCCUCGAGCUCGAGGCGCUCCACACCCUCUUCGACGACCUCAUCCAGCGCGCCUCCCAGUGCCUCCCCUCCACCUCCACCCGCGCCGCGCCGCGCAUCGCCGCACCCGCUGCCGCCACCACCACCACCAGCACCGCUGCCGCCGGCUCGUCGUCGUCGUCCGCCGUGGGCAACGCCGAGCGCCACGCCUCGUCGGGCACCAAUGGGUUCACGGCGAGCAGGGUGGCGGGGACGAGCACGAGCACGGGGCGCGUCUCCAUGGACGACAGCUAUGUCAGGAAGGCGAAGGCAGCAAUGUGGGAUGGUGGAGCUGCGGCGACGAAUUCCCAUCUGCCGCGAGGACCCGUCGAAGCGAAUUCCGUCGCGGUACGAGCGGAUGGCAAUUAUGGGGAUGAUAAUGAGAAAUUGAGCCUUAUUAAGCUAGCUAGCAUGAUUGAGGUAUCUGCGAAGAAAGGUGCUCGGGAUCUUAACCUUCAAGGCAAACUCAUGGCGCAGAUUGAGUGGCUACCUGAUUCAAUUGGAAAGCUCACUGGGCUAGUUACCCUUGAUAUUUCGGAAAACCGGCUGCUGGCUUUGCCAGACGCAAUCGGGAAGCUCUUUUCUUUGGCCAAGCUUGAUAUUCAUGCUAAUCGAAUCAGUCAGCUCCCUGAAUCAAUUGGGGAUCUCCGCAGCUUGAUUUACCUCAACAUGAGAGGUAAUCAGCUCUCGUCAUUGCCUUCUAGCAUUGGCAGGCUGUUAAAUCUUGAGGAGCUUGAUGUGGGUUCCAACGGGCUUUCGUCACUCCCUGAUUCAAUAGGAAGCCUUACACGACUGAAGAAGCUAAUUGUCGAGACAAACGACCUUGAUGAGUUGCCUUACACCAUUGGUCACUGUGUUUCACUGGUUGAACUGCAGGCAGGUUAUAAUCACCUAAAGGCUCUUCCUGAGGCGGUUGGAAAGCUAGAGCCUCUAGAGAUCCUCUCCGUGAGAUAUAACAAUCUCAGGAGCCUUCCAACUACAAUGGCCUCUCUCACUAAACUGAAGGAGGUCGAUGUGAGCUUCAACGAGCUCGAGUCAAUCCCUGAGAACUUCUGCUUUGCUACCUCUCUCAUUAAACUGAACGUUGGGAACAAUUUUGCUGACCUACAAUAUCUGCCUCGCUCUAUUGGCAACCUUGAGAUGCUGGAAGAGUUGGAUAUGAGCAACAAUCAGAUUAGGGUUCUUCCGGAUUCUUUUGGAAACCUAAAGCAUCUCCGUGUGCUCCGUGCAGAAGAGAACCCUUUACAAGUGCCACCAAGGGAUAUAGCUUUAAAGGGAGCUCAGGCUGUCGUUCAAUACAUGUCUGAUGCUUCCAAGAGAACUACAAAGUCAGAGCCAAUGAAGCCAAAGAAGACCUGGGUCCACUUUUGCUUUUUCUCCAGGCCUAACAAAAGAAAGCAUGACCGGAUAGACAAUGCAACAUGAUAUAUGGAGGCUAGGAUACAAGAUGUCGCAUAGCUUAACCUUCUGCUCAUGACUUGGGGCUUCUUCAGUACAGUCAGCCUUCAGAAUAUGGUGGUUUAGCUCUGUUAGCGCGUACUCUUUUUGAAUUCUUACUGUUAUGUGCAUUCUGGAUUUUGGUUUUUGCAACUUGUAUUUGAGUGUACCAUCUUGGCGGGUGCAAUUAGAAAGCACGGCACUUUGCUUAUGUUGUUUCGUUUCUAUAUGAUUUUUUCUUGUAGAAAUGGUGUAUUGUCUUUAUUGAAAGGCAGAAUGGAGAAUUCAAAGACUCCUGUGGCUAAUUGAGCAAUGCAACUAUGCAAGCGUGUGUUCUCCUUUAAUAAAGAGAUACUGUAGAAAGGAAAAAGAUUUCAUGUGCC